AUGCCAUUUUUCUCGUUUUCUUGCUCCCGUUUUCUUUUUCUCUUCUUUUUCUUUUCUUUCUGUCUUUUCUUGUUUCUGGCUUUUUCUUCUUUAUUAUUUUUUUUUCUUUUCUCCUUUUUAUUUUCGUUUUCUUUUUUCAUUUUCAUCUUUUUCUUCCUCAUUAUUUAUUUUACAUCUUUUUUCUUUCCUUUUUCUGUCCUUUUCUCUUUUUCCCUGUUCCUUUUCGAUUCCGUUGUCUUUUUUCAUCUAAUUUUUUCUCUUCUUUUUCUCUUUUCUUUCGGUCUUUUCGUGUUUCUGGCUUUUUAUUCUUUUUCUUCUUUCUUUUUCUUUUAUUUUCAUCUUUUUUCCCUUUUUUGUCUCCUUUUUUCUUCUUUCUUCUGUUUACUUUCGUUUUUUUCUUUUUUCUUGUCAUUUACAUCUUUUUCUUUUAUUACCUUUUUUCUCCAUUUUUUUCUUUUCCAUCUUUAUUCAUUUCUUUUUUCUGCACUUUUUAUUCUUUUUAUUAUUACUUUUUGUUUCCAUUUUCUUUUUCCUUUCUUCUUUUUCUGUUUUCUUUCUGUCUUUUUUUUUGUUCUUUUAUCUUCAUUUUCUUUUUUUCUCUUUGUCUCUGUUUUUUCUUUUUUCUGUAUACUUUCGUUUUUCUUCUUGUCUUUUUAUCUCCCUUUGUGA